AUCCCCGUUGACUGUUCUAUGAGAAGCAAAGAGCUUCCAUAUCCACAAAUCCGCAGAGAGAGAGAGAGAGAGAGAGCGCAGCGUGGAUCGGAAAGGAGGUGAUUUCUCUUCAUCUUCUUCCUCGUCGCUCUUCGACGUCAUCCUAUUCUCCGCCUCAGCCGCCGCCGCCGCCGUUUCUGUCGCCGCCGCCGCCGUUCCUCAUCAUAAGGAUCGGAACUGUCAUCGAAUCCUCGCUUCUUGCUUGAUGCGUGGAAAAAGAAGACCUUUGUUGGCCCUUUUGAGGAGGCGAUAGAUAGCGGAUCGGUUGGCGUUCCUGGAUUUCGCCCUAAUUUUUGCGCUGGAAUGGAGGACGCAAGGGGGAACUCGAAUUCCCCUCCCCCUUUCCUCGUCAAGACCUACGACAUGGUGGACGACCCCACGACGAACUCCGUGGUCUCGUGGAGCCCCUCGAAUUCGAGCUUCGUGGUGUUGAACCAGCCGGAGUUUGCCAGGGAAUUGCUCCCCAAGUAUUUCAAACACAAUAAUUUCUCCAGUUUUGUGAGGCAACUUAACACCUAUGGGUUUCGGAAGAUAGAUCCUGAUCAGUGGGAGUUUGCAAAUGAGGAUUUCAUACGAGGGCGGCCGCACCUGCUGAAAAACAUCCACCGACGCAAGGCAGUUCAUAGUCAUUCACUGAACAACCCCUCAAGUUCGUUAUCUGAAGCUGAAAGACAGGAGCUUGAAGAGGAGAUGGAGAAACUCAAGCAAGAAAAGGUUGUACUUUUGAAUGAGCUUGAUAAGCAUAUGCAUCAGCACCAUGGAAUUGAGCACCAAAUGCAGUCUUUAGAGGAAAGGCUGCAGGGUCUGGAAAAUCGCCAAGGAAGUUUCAUUGCCUUCUUGAAACAAAUCGCACAGGAACCUCUGUUCCUCUCUGAAUUAUUACAGCAAACAGAGCUCCACUGCAGCAAAAGGAGGAGGCUACCACAUAUUGUGACCCUGGACGAGGAUACUGAGAUGGAAGGAAAUCAGAAUUUGGCUUUGCAGCCAAUGUCUAGAGAGAAAUCUUACAUCGUUCCGAUGCACUCACUCGACAUGGAGCCUUUUGAGAGGAUGGAAUCAUCUUUGAAUUCAUUAGAGAAUUUCUUCAGAGGUGUUAGUCAAGCGUUUGGAGAUGACAUGUCAUACGAUAGUGUUGUCCCUUUGCCUUCUGAUGUAAUUGCUACCGAGACUAAUGCAUCGACAGUGGAGACUGAUGGAAACCUUCAACCUUCUUCACUUCCAGCGAUAGGUAUCCACUCCUCUCCAGAUAUAGUUGAACGUGCUAACUAUGUAGAAAAUCAAACAGAUUCAAGGGGUAAAGUAUCAGGGAUAGAUAUGAAUUUAGAACCUGCUGCGACUGAGGUUAACUCAUCAAGAGAUCAAUUCACGGGGACGACAACAUCAUCUAGAGUGCAAACUGGUGCAAACGAUGUGUUCUGGCAACAGUUUCUUACAGAGAAUCCGGGUUCUUCUGAUACACAGGAAGUUCAGUCCAAAAGAAGGGAUUCAGAUGACAAACAAAGCGAAGGAAAGACGCAAGAGCAGCAAAACACUUGUUGGAACAGGGAAGAAAUCAAUCAUCUCAUGGUAAAAAUUGGGAAUCUGACUUCAGUAGAGAAAGCCUGAUGUCAACUACAUGCUUUGAUUGUGAAGUAGAACUCGGUAACCAUAAAUUGUAUCUUGUUCAAUUACCUUACUUGCCUUGUUGGCCAGGAAGCAACUUCUAGCUUCGAUCACCAAUGUAUUUUUCGAUGUGCUUCCUACAGCACCUGCAUUUACCCUGAGUCCAUGUCAAGUAUCGCGCAUUCUUUCAGAACGAUCAGUACAUGUUCAAGUUGAAUCCUUUCAUUUGUAACCACUGAUAGCAAAGGGCAGAAGCUUAUUAAGUUUAAUUAUGUAAAGCUUUUCGUCGUUCCCAUGAGUGAAUUAUGCAUAUAUGUCUCAAGAAUUGUAUGUUUCAUUUGAAUAAGUCUCAAAAUGAUAGUUGUAAAGUAAGAUUCAAGAACAUUGGAAUAAUUGAGACUUUUUUUAUGUAAUAAUUCUGC